AAACUACAAGUACCAUAUUGCACCCCGCCAUAGCCUAACUUACAGAAACAUGGCUGCUCGCGUUAUUUGUGUUUCUGUUUACAUUUCUUAUUUACUUUUUGUUGGAAAACGAAAGUAGUUCAGAUUUUUGCUGACAACGGAAGAUUGAUAUUUUGUUAAGCUGUGCUUUUGUUUUUGGUUACUCCUAUUUUUUUUGCUUUGCGAAUUGAAAAAGACAAGUUUAGUUAACUAGAGAGGUACUGGUAGUGUGUUUAUAGCCGAAUGGUGUAUGUCAUAUACAAUAAAACCCGCUGUAAAAAGCGUAGGAGCCUGUUCGUUUCGUUUAGGCGUGCACUGGCACUGCACAGAGAGCAAGACAACACGAAACACCUCCAUAGUGCUGAAUGAGUGAUUUUGUAAAUAUUAUGAAGGUUAAAUCUUUUUUAUGAUUAAUAACAUAUUGAACAGAUUGCAAGAGUGUUUAUAUUUUUUCUUCGCUGUAUUUUUCUAACACAAGGUAUAGUAUCGCUGUAUUAUUAAGCCGGAAAUGUAACGAGUGAACCGAUUUAUACAGUAACAUUAAAUUGUUUGGGGUUAGACUGUAAUAUACAAUUAAAUUAUUGUUAGGUUUUUUGCACAUCAAACUCGUAUGAAUAUAAAGCCAUACAAAAUAUAUUUCAGUUAUGCCAAAUGUUAACUUGUAAUAUAAUUUGAAUAUAUUUUUGUUGAAGCAUAUAAGCAGCAUUACAUAAGUGCAAAUUAAUAAAGCUAUUGAUAAUUAUAAUAUAAGUUUAGCUAACAAGUGACAAUACAUAAUUUCCAUUGCCGUUUUAUUAAUAAUGAGCCCUUUAUUUCAGAACAGCUUCAUCAAAAUGCACAUUUGACCUUGUGUCGUGAUUUGCUUUUAAACCCGGUUCUUUUCCACGCUUGAGAUUUAAAAAUAUAAUUAAUUACAAAGUCCGUCUCUUCUGAACACGCCGGAGCAUGAGAUAGCAUUUAGCAGAAGAUCCAGUGACUUAACCUUUUUUUUUUUUGGCUUGGUGGCUCUCCGAAACUGCCUUCUGUAAAGAUGUUCGGCGAUUUGUUCGAGGAGGACGCAGUGGCCUUUGUGGGGGACUGUAAGGGCUCCAAUGGUAAGAAAUCCCGAGUGAAGGACGCCGAGCCCCCGCCGCCGAGAGGAGCCGUCACCCUGAGCGGAAUCAAGAACCAGGGUGGCACCUGUUACCUCAACUCGCUGCUCCAGACGCUGCUGUUCACCCCAGAGUUCAGAGAGGCGCUGUUCAGUCUGGGCCCAGAGGAGUUGGGAACUCUAAGCGACCGGGACAAACCAGAGACCACGGUGCGAGUCAUCCCCUUGGAGCUGCAGAGGCUGUUUGCUCGCCUCUUGCUGGUGGAUCAGCAGGCUGCAUCCACCUCUGACCUGACCGACAGUUUCGGCUGGAGCAGCAACGAGGAGAUGAGCCAGCAUGACGUUCAGGAGCUCAACAGAAUCCUCUUCAGUGCUCUGGAGAGCUCCCUGGUGGGCACCUCGGGCAGUGACCUCAUCAACCGCUUGUACCACGGGACUGUGGUCAACCAGAUCGUGUGCAGGGAGUGUGGCAACACCAGCGAGAGACAGGAGGACUUUCUGGACCUGACGGUGGCUGUGAAGGGGGUGAGCGGCCUGGAGGAGGCGCUGUGGAGCAUGUUUGUGGAGGAGGAGCUCUUUGAGGGAAACAAUCUGUACCGCUGUGGAGCCUGCAGCAAGCUGGUCACUGCAGCCAAGUCUGCCAAGCUGCGGAAGCUGCCCCCCUUCCUGACGGUAUCUCUGCUCAGGUUUAACUUCGACUUUGCCAGGUGUGAGCGCUACAAGGAGAUGGGCAGCUACGCGUUCCCAAUAAGAAUAGACCUCAGGCCUUUCUGCGAGCAGGUCGCGGGGGCAGCUGACUCAGACUAUGAAUAUGAACUCUUUUCUGUUAUUAUACACAAAGGUGGCUGUUACGGGGGGCACUACCACGUGUAUAUCAAAGACCUCGACCGGCUGGGGCGCUGGCAGGCUCCUGAGGAAGAGAUCAAGUCAAAAGUGCCUGUCAGCGGGGUGAGAGCUCCUGAUCCCAUCCUGGAGAUGGGGGACCCCCUGUCUGUGCUCAAAGCCAUACUGGCCCAGGAGGCCUCUCUCAGUGUGCGUGUGGACCAGCUCGGUCAGAAGGUGAUGGAGACUGUGGGGGUUUCGUGGAACAAGAGAUUCCGUAAGAGCCACGGACCAGUCUACAAGUUCUUGCAGCAGCACCCCAAUGUCUUUCUCUUGGACUCAGACGGCUCUCGGGUUCAUCUCAAACAGAGCAGGGCCCCGAGUCCCGAGCAGGGUCCCCAGGAGAGGGGGGGCCAGGGGGAUGGGACCCCAGAGGAGCCUGCUGGGUCACACAGCACCCCUCCGCACCCCUGGUUUGAUUUCAACGACUCGAGCGUGCAGCCCAUCACGGAACGGGACAUGGAGAAGCAGUUCCAGGGGAAGGAGAGUGCCUACAUGCUGUUCUACAGGAGAGCAGGCCUGCAGAGGCCGGAGGAAGCCAGAGGGAACCCACGGUACAAAGUCCCGGAGCACUUGCUGGAAGAGGCUGAGGCAGAGAGCAGAGAGCUCCAGAGAAAGAGGGCCGAGUUUGAUUCCGUCAGCAACACAGUGGAGCUGCGACUGCACCUGGGACCCCAUUAUCGCCUUCAACACGGGGCGCUGCACCCAGCCUCCCCACCCCAGGACAGCCUGCUAAGACUGGCCUUCGACCGCAGGAAGAGUGUGGGGGACCUGAGGCAGGCUGUAUACCAGCUCCAGGACUCGUGGGAGGGGGACAUGGCGCUCACAGUUGCUAAGAGUUUACCUGCUGGACUGCACCUAUAUGACACUCUCACCGAUGACCAGCAGUCCCUGCACAGCUCGGGCCUUGUGGACGGGUCAGACCUCUUUGUAUGGAACGGCAGAGAGGUGUGCGGAGAGCCGGUGCGAGUGGGGGCAGAGUCCCAGCCGGUGCUGCUGAGCAUCGUGUGUCCUGCAGGGGGCGUUGGGAGCGAGGCGCUCCUCUCAGAAACUCCGCAGGGGUUCCCUGCAGACUGCAGGCUGGGGGAGGUGUGCGUGGAGCUGGCCCGGCAGACAGGCUCUGAGCUGGGGGAGCUGCUGCUGUGUCGCUGGGAGGAGAAACAGAGCCCACGCUGGAGAGUCUAUCCCCCUGCAGACCUGCACAAGACACUAAGCCAGCUGACACUGUGCGACGGGGACGCUCUGCUAGUGUUGCACUCACAGGCGCUGGACUGCAGCCUGUUCACCCGGAGCGGAGACAUGGUUACUGUGGGAACGCCCUCGGACUGCAGCUGGCUGCAGGUGGAAUACUCCUCCCAUCCACAAGAGGGCAGCAGAGUGGCUACAGUGCCUGCUGAAGGAGACACCUUGCUGUCUGAGAUCAAGCAGAAGGCCAUUGAAGAGCUGCAGCUUCUAGACCUGGCAGGAAGUGACUGCUGUCUCAGACCGAUGGACAGAAACUGGAAGCUCCUCCCCCCAGUGCGGGAGGAUGUCAGUGUAAGAGAGGGGGGAGUGAAGCUCACCAGCACCUUGUUUCUGUGUCCCAGCCCGCCCCUCACAAACACACAGCUGUUCCUCUACUACACCAUGGGGUCCGACCCCCAGGCUGGUCCUGAGAUGGAGCUGGUGGUGGAGGAGAGCACCACCGUGAGAGAGUGUCUGAAGCAGAUGCUGGAAGUCGCUGGUCUAGAAGGAGAGUGCUGGCACUUAAGGAAAGUGGACUGGUGCUAUGAACUAGGGGACCCACUGAGUGAGGAGGACGCCUCGCUGGCAGAGCUGCAGGUCAGCAGUGGAGACACCCUGGUGCUGACAGAGGGACGACUGCCCCCCAAGGGUUUCCUGAAGCUGCCAGUCUGGCUCUUUGCAUCUCUGAGAAACGGAGUUCACUCGGAGACAGGGAGAGACAGGGAGAAAGAGACAGAACUGAACAACAUCACUGAGCAGAUCUGUGAGCACAGCAUCUCCACUGUAGAGUCCUCAGAAGCAGCUUUGCAGUACGUGGGGGGCGUGGAGAUCUCAGGGGAGGCCACACUGGAAGAUCUCAAGACACAGGUCCUGACGCUGCCCGGCCUCCCUGAUCUGUGGGUCCCGUCACCAGGGUUCCUGCGAGUCUGGGUGCUGGAGAGCAAGCGCCCCUGCAGGAUCCUGAGAGGAAACCAGCUGCACAUCAACAGUUUAAAGCUGGGCAGCGGGACUGAGAUUGCCAUCCAGCCCCUGGCAAAGGAGGAGAACUUGGGGCUCCAGGAGCUGCUGCUGUACCUACAGGUGGGUGUUCCUGGGGAGCGGCAGUACUACCCAGCGGAGGAGCUGGUCUGGGACACCAGCAGAGACAGCAGCUCCCGGGCCCUGCGCCAGGCCAUCGCCAGCCACUACUCCCUGCCCCCCGACAAGACUCUCAUCGCCAAGUACUGCCCAGACAAGAGCCAUUGGAUGCCCAUCUCUAGCUGGAGCCAGCAAGUGUCAAGGAAAAAGAAGAAAAAGCAGCAGCCUGAGAGCCUGCAGGGGGCGCCCUUUCACCUCCGGGACGGAGACCUGAUCGGGGUCAAGAACCUCUUGAUUGACAGCAACCGAGACUUCAGCACGGAGAGAGACAACGCUGAGAAAGAGAAGCUGAGACGGGAGGCUGAGGACAAAAAGAAAAGCAGGGGGCAGGGUGUGCGCUUUCAGAGCGAGGAAGCUGUCGCUGAUAAGAAGCCUCCUGCACGUAACAGAAGACCGGAGGUCCCGCUCUCCAUCAAUGUGGGGGUCUUCAGAUAACACAGCCCCUCGCCCGCAGCAGUGCAACCCCCCUCAGUAGAGAGAACUCAGACCUGCAGCUGGAUUUCAGAAGCUGGUCGCAGCUCAGCCCCACACCUUCACCACGCUUUAAGUCUUUGCUGCUGCUGCUGCUGCAGGUAUUGUACUUAGCGAAUAUGAUCACAUGAACCCCGAUUAGAGCAAACGGCUAAACACUGACGCACUUCCCCACAGCCAAAGCUAAUUGGAAUGCUACCUUUUCUGCUGUGCCACAAUCACAAUAACAACUUUAUAUUGGUUUGUUUAAGAUCUUUGUUUAAGCAAUUCCCAACCACAUAAUGAAACUACUGAUCCAAUCCAGUUGAAACACAAGUAACAGCGCCUACAAAUAAGUGCAUAACAAAGAUGAUUUGUCAAAUAAGAGUUUUGUUGAGGGUUACACUGCAAUCAAUGAAUUCAGACAGAUCCGGCAUUGCAAUUCCGCUCUACAUCCGUACCCUCCUUCCUAACGAGAUCAGAAUGAGAAGGAGCGUUGUUUAUUUCUAGGUUACAAUGCUGUGGUCAGUGAUGCCUGGGUGAAACCGUUAAACUAUAUUGGCAGACCAGAUUAAAUACUAAAUUGAUUGACUGAUAGUUUACCACAGUCUGCUGGGUGUGCCUCUGUGCAAACUGAAACGGGCAGAAACAAGUCAGCAGGGGGAAAGCAUGUGCUUAUAUUUGCUUUAAUACAGUACAAGGGAAUUCUGACAAAGCUUUAUUGUGCCAGACAGAAAGGACUGCAGCUCUAGUAUUGAGUUCCACAUUAAUAUACCAGGGCUGCUACUGAGGAGAACACACUCCUAACCAGACUGAAGGGUGAGAGGUGUUGUGUGGCUUCCUGAAUCGUUACUGACAAUCGCUAUUUCCUGCCAUUUCAUUGUCUACAGAAUCACCAUUGUCCAACCGCUUUGUCCAAACUCAAACCAGAGAACUAUUUAGUUAACUUCGAAUGCACUCAGUCACAAACAGGCUGAACUUACAAGAAACCAAGUCAAGUAGACUUCUCUAGCCAAAAUGUCGGUCUGCUUGAUGUCUUUAUUUUUUUUGUAAGUUACGCUGUACUCUUUUAACAGCCAUGCUGGGGGGGUGUAGAGGGUGAGAACCACAGCCAUGCAGGGUUAGGGCUACCAGCGGCAGCAGUAAUGUAUAAGGUGCAGCUGAUAAUCAUCAUGGAGUCCAGGAUUCCUCGCUCUGCAGACUGAAAAUGAAAGCAACGCCAAGAGGAGAAGCUUGUAAACCCAAGAAAUAUGACAAAUAGGAAAAAUGGGAGAGGUGUGUUUUUUUUAAAAAGGGCAGGGAAAAAAGCUUCUAUAUUUAAAAAAUAAAAAAAAGAUUUUAAUUUAAUUUUCAAAAAUAAAAAAAUGUGUAUUAAACAAGUGCUAACCAAGUCUUUAAAACCCCACUGAAAUCCAAUUCUAAUGUUUUUUUUUUUUGUUUUGUUUUUUAUAACUUUCCUAGUGCUACACUAGGUCUUUCGUGAGUUGCCACUGUUGUCGCUAGGUCCUCUGUAAGCCUCACCCACAUGUCUACUGCAGUUUAAAGACUCAGUUACAACUUCAACAUUAUGGAUCAAUUAUUUUAUUUCAGGAUUUGGUAACGGAAGUUAAUGAACCUGCCAAAACUUUGUCACAUACACACUGAAAGUUAAGUUGAAUAUUGCCAUAGAAUACUAAAAAGUGGGUGUAUUUUUAAUUUAACAUUUUCACAGUAAAAAUUGCUUCACGUUGCUUGAGAUUUUUGUACAACCAAAUGGCAUUACAUAUUGAUUUAAUCUAAAUGAACACACUACAAUGAAGACGAUUUCUAGUUUGGUGAUAAUCAAGAUGGUAGCGUAGUGUCUCCUUUUCAGUUUGCAUUAAAUCUUCAGUUUCAGAAACACUGCUGUCAAACCCUGAUCACUUCCAAAUAAGUAUGUAACAAAUGAUAUUGUAAUAAAGACGGUUUAUAAAAUG